GUUAUUUUAGUAUUUGUGUGAGAAUUACAAGGAACCUAUGAGGAUCUGAGAAUCAAAUAUCAAUAUAAAGGAUUGUUAAAAUGUCCGUUUUUACCUCUUUGCAGAAAAGGGUUGUCAGGUUGAUGGUGAGUGAAUAAAUUAUUAAUCAGUAUGACGACCUUACAUUACAGAAAACAUCUCUUGAGAAUUUCACUACUGCUAUACAGUAUAAUCAAUGUUGUCUGCAUUUCAGGCUCUCUGUGGAAUGAAUGGCAUGAAGAAAAGGGUUGUCAGGUUGAUGGUGAGUGAAUAAAUUAUUAAUCAGUAUGACGACCUUACAUUACAGAAAACAUCUCUUGAGAAUUUCACUACUGUUAUACAGUAUAAUCAAUGUUGUCUGCAUUUCAGGCUCUCUGUGGAAUGAAUGGCAUGAAGGUCAGUGGUUAUUUUAGUAUUUGUGUGAGAAUUACAAGGAACCUAUGAGGAUCUGAGAAUCAAAUAUCAAUAUAAAGGAUUGUUAAAAUGUCCGUUUUUACCUCUUUGCAGAAAAGGGUUGUCAGGUUGAUGGUGAGUGAAUAAAUUAUUAAUCAGUAUGACGACCUUACAUUACAGAAAACAUCUCUUGAGAAUUUCACUACUGCUAUACAGUAUAAUCAAUGUUGUCUGCAUUUCAGGCUCUCUGUGGAAUGAAUGGCAUGAAGAAAAGGGUUGUCAGGUUGAUGGCUUUCCUUGGAAACAACAGCAUGAGGUGGACAUAACCCUAGAUAGAGGCACAGCUCAUCGCAAGCUGAAGAUAUCGGAUGAUGCUAAAGAAGUCCAGUGGAUAGAAGAGGGAAUACAGAGUGUGUCUAAGGAGAGCAACCGCUUUGAUACUGAGCCAUUUGUACUGGGAAAUAUCAUGCGUUCCUGGAGAAGCUACUGGUGCGUUGAUGUGGAGGGAAAGGAGGACUGGGUCUUGGGUGUAGCUGCAGAUACAUCCAGCAGGAAAGGCCAACUGGAAAUGAGCCCCAGUAAUGGAUUUUGGGUAAUUAGGGUGUCAAAUGGUAUGAGUGUGAAGGUCAUGACCGAGGAGGUAGAGGUCCGGACAGAUAUACCCAUCCCAACAAAAGUGGGAAUUUACCUUGACUAUGAAGAGAAGGAGGUGUCCUUCUACAAUGCAGUAGAUGGUUUGUGUAUUUACACUUUCAAAGAUGGGCCAGGCUCUGACAGAACUGCCCGUCCCCUAUUCUCUCCAUGGAGCAAUGAUUCAGACAAGAUCUCAGUAUUGUCUAUCAUAUCAUAAGAAAAUAGAUUUUUGAAACUAAAACAUGAAAUACAUGUAAUUAUCAUCAAAUAGUACCAUUACAAUAUAUUAAAUUUGAAUCUCAGUAUAUUUUUGCAGCGUUUAUAAAGCUAUCAGCUUUAAUAUUGAUUUAUUGAUAUCAAAAAAGCACUGUUGCCUCACACCCCUGUGACCCGGGUUCGACUCUCCGCCUGGGUCACAUGUGUGUGGAGUUUGCAUGUUCUCCCCAUGUGAUUGUGGGGUUUCCUCCGGGUACUCCGGUUUCCCCCCACAGUCAAAAGACAUGCUGAGGCCAAUUGGAGUUACUAAAUUGCCCGUAGGAGUGCAUGUGUGAGUGACUGGUGUGUGAGUGUGCCCUGCGAUGGGCUGGCCCCCCAUCCUGGGUUGUUCCCUUCCUCGUGCCCAUUGCUUCCGGGAUAGGCUCCGGACCCCCCAUGACCCAGUAGGAUAAGCGGUUUGGAAAAUGGAUGGAUGGAUGGAUGGAUGGAUUGUUCAUAUCACUAAAUAAACAAAUUUAGAAAAAAUAUGUCCCCGUAUGCAAGUUCUUCUACGUGUACAGAGUGAUGUCACUUUGUGUCACGUGCAGCUCUGUGAGGCAUGCUUGUGUGGACUGGGGUGUCAUUUGCAGAUGGGCUAUGAUAGAGCCUCCUGAUCCUGGUCCAAUAAGUUUUGUUUGAUACCAACUGAGAAAUUUGUUUAGCUUGUUCUUGCUUUUCAUGUAUACAUUUUAAUUGCGUUUGCUUAAUAAGGUAUUUCAUUUUGUUAUUUUUAUACGUUUUGUAUUUUAAUAAAAUGUCUUUAAAAAGCCCAAA